GCGGGGCGCAGCUCCGACUUCGGACAUGGCGCACGCUGGUGGCGGCAGCGGUGGCGGCGGCCCCGCGGGCCGGGGGCUGAGCGGCGCCCGCUGGGGUCGCUCGGGCUCCGCGGGCCACGAGAAGCUGCCGGUGCACGUAGAAGACGCCCUCACCUAUCUGGACCAGGUGAAGAUCCGCUUUGGCAGCGACCCCGCCACCUACAACGGCUUCCUGGAGAUCAUGAAGGAGUUCAAAAGCCAGAGCAUCGAUACUCCUGGAGUCAUCAGACGUGUCUCACAGCUCUUCCACGAGCACCCUGACCUCAUUGUUGGAUUCAACGCUUUUCUUCCCCUUGGAUACAGAAUAGACAUUCCCAAGAAUGGCAAGUUAAACAUACAGUCGCCUCUGACGAGCCAGGAGAAUUCGCACAACCACGGGGACGGUGCAGAGGACUUCAAGCAGCAGGUGCCAUAUAAAGAGGACAAACCCCAGGUACCCCUGGAGUCCGAUUCCGUGGAAUUCAACAACGCCAUCAGCUAUGUGAAUAAGAUUAAGACCCGCUUCCUAGACCACCCGGAAAUCUACAGAUCGUUCCUGGAGAUCCUGCACACGUACCAGAAGGAGCAGCUGAACACGAGGGGCCGACCAUUCCGAGGCAUGUCCGAAGAGGAGGUGUUCACCGAGGUGGCCAAUCUCUUCCGGGGCCAGGAGGACCUGCUCUCUGAGUUUGGACAAUUCCUGCCCGAAGCCAAGCGGUCUCUGUUUACAGGAAACGGGCCAUGCGAGAUGCACAGUGUGCAGAAGAACGAGCACGACAAGACCCCAGAGCACAGCAGGAAGCGCUCUCGGCCCUCGCUCCUCCGCCCCGUGUCUGCACCCGCCAAGAAAAAAAUGAAACUUCGUGGUACCAAAGACCUGUCCAUUGCUGCGGUGGGGAAGUAUGGGACUCUGCAGGAAUUUUCUUUCUUUGACAAGGUCCGCCGGGUGCUGAAGAGCCAGGAGGUGUAUGAAAACUUCCUCCGCUGCAUCGCGCUCUUCAACCAGGAGCUGGUGUCUGGCUCCGAGCUCCUGCAGCUCGUCAGCCCAUUUCUGGGGAAAUUUCCAGAACUGUUUGCACAGUUCAAGUCCUUCCUAGGGGUAAAAGAGCUGUCCUUCGCGCCACCCAUGAGCGACAGAUCCGGGGACGGAAUAAGCCGGGAAAUCGACUAUGCAUCUUGCAAGCGCAUAGGAUCCAGCUACCGGGCACUCCCCAAAACCUACCAGCAGCCCAAGUGCAGCGGGAGGACGGCCAUCUGCAAGGAGCUUGACCAUUGGACACUUCUCCAGGGUUCGUGGACAGACGAUUACUGCAUGUCCAAGUUCAAGAGUACCUGCUGGAUUCCAGGAUAUAGUGCAGGGGUCAGCAAACUCUGGCCCAUGGGCCCUGGCCCACUGCCUGUGUUUGUACUGAACGACACCUGGGUCUCCUUCCCCUCCUGGUCUGAGGACUCCACCUUCGUCAGCUCCAAGAAGACACCGUAUGAGGAGCAACUUCACCGCUGUGAGGACGAGCGCUUCGAGUUAGACGUUGUCCUGGAGACGAACCUGGCCACGAUCCGCGUGUUGGAAAGCGUGCAGAAGAAGCUCUCUCGAAUGGCGCCAGAAGACCAGGAGAAGUUCCGGCUGGACGACUCCCUGGGGGGCACGUCAGAGGUGAUCCAGCGCCGUGCCAUCUAUCGCAUCUAUGGCGACAAGGCCCCAGAGAUCAUCGAGAGCCUCAAGAAGAACCCCGUCACUGCUGUCCCUGUUGUCCUGAAAAGGCUGAAGGCCAAGGAAGAGGAGUGGCGGGAGGCCCAGCAGGGCUUCAACAAGAUCUGGCGGGAGCAGUAUGAGAAGGCGUACCUCAAGUCCCUCGACCACCAGGCUGUGAACUUCAAGCAGAACGACACCAAGGCCCUGCGCUCCAAGAGCUUGCUCAACGAGAUCGAGAGCGUCUACGACGAGCACCAGGAGCAGCACUCGGAGGGCCGCAGUGCCCCCUCUAGCGAGCCACACCUCAUCUUCGUGUACGAGGACCGACAGAUCCUGGAGGACGCAGCAGCGCUCAUCAGCUACUACGUGAAGCGGCAGCCGGCCAUCCAGAAGGAGGACCAGGGCACCAUCCACCAGCUGCUGCACCAGUUCGUGCCCAGCCUCUUCUUCUCUCAGCAGCUGGACCUGGGCGCCUCCGAGGAGUCAGCCGAUGAGGACCGGGACAGCCCCCAGGGGCAGAGCACAGACCCCAGCGAACGGAAGAAGCCGGCACCAGGACCCCACAGUAGCUCCCCAGAGGAGAAGGGGGCCUUCGGGGAUACCCCGGCCACUGAGCAGCCACCCCCGCCACCCCCACCGCCACACAAGCCUCUGGACGACGUCUACAGCCUCUUCUUUGCCAACAACAACUGGUACUUCUUCCUGCGCCUGCACCAGACCCUGUGCUCCAGGCUGCUGAAGAUCUACCGCCAGGCGCAGAAGCAGCUCCUGGAGUAUCGGACUGAGAAGGAACGGGAGAAGCUGCUGUGUGAGGGCCGCAGGGAGAAGGGCAGCGACCCUGCCAUGGAGCUGCGACUGAAGCAGCCCAGUGAAGUGGAGCUGGAGGAGUACUACCCAGCCUUCCUGGACAUGGUGCGGAGCCUGCUGGAGGGCAGCAUCGACCCCACGCAGUACGAGGACACCCUGCGCGAGAUGUUCACCAUCCACGCCUACGUGGGCUUCACCAUGGACAAGCUGGUGCAGAACAUCGCACGGCAGUUGCACCACCUCGUGAGCGACGAUGUCUGCCUGAAGGUGGUAGAGCUCUACCUGAAUGAGAAGAAGCGGGGUGCCGCCGGUGGGAACCUGUCCUCCCGCUGCGUCCGCGCCGCCAGGGAGACCAGCUACCAGUGGAAGGCCGAGCGCUGCAUGGCCGAUGAGAACUGCUUCAAGGUGAUGUUCCUGCAGCGCAAGGGGCAGGUGAUCAUGACCAUCGAGCUCCUGGACACCGAGGAGGCCCAGACGGAGGACCCUGUGGAGGUCCAGCACCUGGCUCGGUAUGUGGAGCAGUAUGUCGGGACUGAGGGCGCAUCCAGCUCACCCACCGAGGGCUUCCUCCUGAAACCCGUGUUCCUGCAGAGGAACCUCAAGAAGUUCCGCCGCCGGUGGCAGAGCGAGCAGGCACGGGCCCUGCGCGGUGAGGCCAGGAGCUCCUGGAAGCGGCUGGUGGGCGUGGAGAGUGCCUGCGACGUGGACUGCCGCUUCAAGCUCAGCACCCACAAGAUGGUGUUCAUCGUGAACUCCGAGGACUACAUGUACCGUCGCGGAACCCUCUGCCGGGCCAAGCAGGUGCAGCCCCUGGUCCUGCUCCGCCACCACCAGCACUUUGAGGAGUGGCACAGCCGCUGGCUGGAGGACAACGUGACAGUGGAGGCGGCCAGCCUGGUGCAGGACUGGCUGAUGGGUGAGGAGGACGAAGACAUGGUACCCUGCAAGACGCUGUGUGAGACGGUGCACGUGCACGGCCUGCCCGUGACCCGCUACCGCGUGCAGUACAGCCGCCGCCCGGCCUCGCCCUGACGUGCCCUCGGCCUUGGUUGCGUCAGGGCCGUUUUCUUGAACGACCUGAGAGGCAUCUCCCAGCCCCUCUGCUGCCGGACAGCGCACUCCAGGGCAGGACGCCGCUCCCGGUCUCCUGUGGGCCUGCCGUGUGCCAAACCUGAGCUACCUGCACCCGAGCCCUGGGGCUUAGCCCCACCACAGGGGCGGGUGGACGUGCUGGCCGAGGAGCAAGCAAUCACGUUUGCGUCCCCGUCCGUCACAUGUGCCAAAUCCCUGGCAGGCGGGUGGCCCCUGCCCUGUGUUCUUACCGUGUCUUGGAAAAGUCACAGGUGACAGCCCUCCUGAGGCCUGUACUUCGGAGGGGGUGCGUGUCCAAGAGACCCUGACAAGGAAGGAGUUGAGCCCUGGGUAGGCUUGCUUGAAAAGUGAGUCCUUCCAGAAUAUUCUCAGAGCUGCCAGAAAUGUCACCUGAGGGUUUGGGCAUCAGCUCUGCCCGGCUGGUGUUCAGGCCCUCAGUCACUUUGGAAGUGAGAAGAACCCUUUAGCCGAACCUUUGGGAUCCCACUUUGAAGUCAAGACCUGGAGCAGGUGGGCAGUGCCUCGGGAGACCCCGCUCUGGAUAAGACACCCAACCCCAACUCCAGCAGCUGGACUCUGGGCCCACAAGGGGAGGGACCCCAGCCAGCGUUCCCGCAGAAGUGUUCCCGCAGAGCUGGCCCCACCCCGCUGUGGGGCGGCGGGCCCAGUCGUGUUCAUGCAGUGGGUACCCUAGGUGUAUGUGUAUACACACACAGAUAUUUAUUCUUUUCGCUCUUAGUGGUUGUUAUUUCUGCAGCAGCCAAGUCCCGCAGCUCCCUGGGGCUGAGAUCUCCCUUUGUGGAGAGCUGCCCUGACAGUCCCACCUACCACCCAAGGAGCCCCAUCUGCCUGCCUGCCCCGGGACCCACAUGGCCACUCCAGGGAUCACUGUUAUCCUUUCGUGAGGGGCUGAGGCAACUGUCCCAUGAAGGCAUCCAAGGCUUUCAGUGCCAAGAAUCCCAAGUGACUGAGGCUGGGGAUUGGUUCUCCAGGCCUCUCUCCCCCCACUGUGAGAGCCCCUGGCCCUGGCCCCUGUGCACCAGUGGGCCCAGAAUAACCGCCACCCUUGCCGUCCUGCAACAGCUGGACUCCAGUUUCCAGGAAGUGGAGAUGCGUUUCUAGAAGUUCCCUGUGGAACCUGGAGGCUCCGGACGCCUUUGACUCCAGGCUGGGCGAUUCCGAGGCCGACCCGUCCUCCUGGGAUCCCCGCCCCCGCUCCCCAGGUGUCACGCAGGCACUUCGUACGCGUCCCGGUUUUCUAAGAAGGGAACUUGCCAUCAGGAUUCCUGCACCAGGCCCACGGUCGUCUCGGGCAGAGCCACGUGGGCCCUGGGUGCGGCCGGAGACCCUGCCGAGCCCUCCUUUCCGUAUUCCCACCCCGCAUGCUUCUAGGGAGCGCCUCUUUUCCGUUCUUGAGGAAUUUCUGUUCUGGGGCUUGUCCUUCCUUUGCAGCUGUUUUGAAUGUAGUUUUCCUUUUCUAUUUAUUUGCACAUUAAAGUUAAAAAUUGAAUAUUGACAUCAA